AACAGGUAUUACUGUACUUAAGUAGGUUGCAGUGACACAAACCCAGUACCACACAUACUAACACUUCCCUCCGUUACUCCAGUACAUCCCCCACCAACUCCCCUUUUAUCAAAAGCACUACAGGCAGUUGCAUAUAACCUGGGUGAACCUCGCUCUGCACCGCAGAUCAGAUUACACUGUGUACAAACUAUUCUUUCCACGAUGAAGUGUUCUGAAAGUGUCUUGUGUUACUUCUCAUUCUUCUGGUUCAAAGAAGUCAUAGAGGUCAACAGUAGGUUACAACUUGUUGAUCUAAUGCCAAGGAGGCCUUGCCCAAGGCCUGAAGACAUCUCCCCUUGCAUGUGUGUUUAUGAUGAGGAUGACUAUCAAAUGGACCUUGACUGUUCUAAUGUGAAAAAUUCGACAUUACUUUUUGAAAUAUUCAAUUUUUAUCCUUUCCCCUUUAAGCACUUCCGUAAGCUUACCAUCUAUGACAACCCUUCACUAUAUUUCCUGUUAGACAAUGUCUUCGGGGACAUCCAGUUCGAGGAGAUCAUCAUCACAAGAGGGGUCUUACAAAAUGUGUCAGAUUAUGCCCUUGUUAACAGCUACUCGACUUUGCGUAUCCUCGACCUCUCGGAUAACCAAAUCAAAAGCUUCCCCUUCCAGGAGGUGUCCAACUUCACCUUACUAGAGACACUCGACCUAAGCUCCAACAAUCUGACAUCCUUAACUCCACUGACGUCUGGGAGCCUGAAGACGCUGUCACUGAAUCACAAUUUCUUGUCUCGUAUGUCAGCCGACACCCUGGUUGGCCUCUCCAGUUUAGAGGAAGUUCAUCUAGCUCAUGUCUGCCUCAACUAUCUUCCAGCAGAUACGUUUGCUAAUCUGAAAAACUUGAGGAAGAUCAUCCUGAUAAAUAACAUCUUACAUAACCUCACACAAGAUACUUUCCUCUUGACCACCAACUUUCCCGUCCAAUUUGACCUGACGUCAUCCCAUGUGAACUUUGUUGAGGUCAACGCCUUCGCUGGUCUGCUUCCGGGGUCUUACAUCACCCUCUUCCUCAACUCCCUGAGAACGUUUGAGGAGGAGGUGUGGAGGCCCCUUUUGGAUAAGAAUGUCGAGGUCGAACUUGGAGGAAAUGACCUGGAGUGUGGCUGUGAUGUUGCCUGGGUAGUGGAGAACAAGACGCAUUUCCUCCCCUUGAUGCAUGACGCCGUUUGUUAUGAUGGCGUCAAAUUCCAAGAUCUUGAUCCUGACUUUUAUAUACAUUACUGCUAACCUGCCUCGCUUGACCUGUCGAACUGUCCUGCUAAUUACCUAGAAGAGUGUGGUGCUACUAUUGUUCUAGGCCUGUUAACUGCUGAUUCUGUCUAGGUUAAUGAGGCCGGAACAUUUAUAUUAUAUAGGGUUUUAGUAGCGAAACCCAAUUUUCUGUUAUCCAUUUAUUCAGGAACUAUCUAGGAUACAGUUCCAAGUAACUUAUCACUGUAGCUAUGAGUGUUAAGAGAAGGACAGAGGCUAUGUAAAUAGACCUGCUAAAUACGUCCGUUCGGUGUGAGGAGUUGAGUAACAAUGCCAAUGAGUAGUGACCCAUCGAGGGAGAACGGAAAUAUGUACGUCGUCCUCCCUAGACGGAAGACGGAACCAUCCACGAUGGCUCUCAAAUAACGUCUUCCUCUAGUCAAGGAUAUCCAGCUACUGCCCGCAUUAGGUGGCCAGGGAGCCGGCUAUUUAGUGCCUUAACUCAGCAGAAUACGACGCGGCUUCCCGUGGGUACACCUUAUCACGUGCUCUGAACAUGCUACUGUGGGGGUAUGAGAUAUUGGUUCACACUCAAGAUGGGAUGGAG